CGCCGAGCGGCGGGCAGCGGGACGCUCGGGGCUGGGGGCUGGGGUGGGACCGGGCGCACGCCAUGGAGCUGCUGUCCGCUCUGAGCCUGGGAGAGCUGGCGCUCAGCUUCUCUCGAGUGCCGUUGUUCCCUGUCUUCGACCUCAGCUACUUCAUAGUCUCCAUCCUCUACCUCAAGUAUGAGCCAGGAGCAGUGGAGCUGUCCCGGCGCCACCCCACGGCGUCCUGGCUGUGCGCCAUGCUGCACUGCUUCGGGAGUUACAUCCUGGCCGAUCUGCUCCUCGGGGAGCCCCUGAUCGACUACUUCAGCAACAACUCCAGCGUCCUGCUGGCCUCAGCCGUCUGGUACCUGAUUUUCUUCUGCCCCAUGGACCUCUUUUACAAGUGUGUCUGCUUCCUGCCUGUGAAACUCAUCUUUGUGGCCAUGAAGGAAGUGGUGAGAGUGCGCAAGAUCGCUGUGGGCAUCCACCACGCACAUCACCACUACCACCACGGGUGGUUCGUCAUGAUCGCCACUGGCUGGGUCAAGGGCUCUGGAGUCGCCCUCAUGUCCAACUUCGAGCAGCUGCUCCGGGGGGUCUGGAAGCCAGAGACCAAUGAGAUCUUGCACAUGUCCUUCCCCACCAAGGCCAGCCUGUACGGAGCUGUACUCUUCACCCUCCAGCAGACCCGCUGGCUUCCAGUGUCCAAAGCCAGUCUCAUCUUUAUCUUCACCAUGUUCAUGGUGUCCUGUAAGGUGUUCCUGACAGCCACUCACUCCCACAGUUCCCCUUUUGAUGUUCUGGAAGGUUACAUCUGUCCUGUGCUGUUUGGGACAGCCUUGGGGGGUGACCAUCACCAUGACAACCACGGUGGGGCCCAUGGAGGGUCCCACGGUGGCAGUGGGCCCGGCUCCCUGCACUCAGCCAUGGCCACCAAGUCCAAGGAGGAGCUGAGCGAGGGCUCCAGGAAGAAGAAGACCAAGAAGGCAGAUUAGGAGGUGGCCCAGCGGGCCUGUUGGGUGCUAGGGAGAAGACCUGGACCCAAAACCCUCAGAGUCAGGAGUAGAGAGGUGUCCUGGGCUCAGUUGUCCCCUCUUGAGGCUUCAACUUCCCCAUCUGUGAACUGGGGCCAUUAGCCUACCCUCCGCCCCUGAUGUGAGGGGUUAGAUGAGAUAUGGGGGUAAAGGACAUUUGUAGGAAUGGGGGUCCCUCUCUGCAGAACCCCUGUAGAGUCACAGAUUUUUUGGGGGGUGCACAGAAUCCUGGCAGUGUCUCUAGCCAGAUACACUGCCAGUUAUAUUCUUGGUUCUAUUAUUUCCUCUCUAAAAUUAUGUUUUGACUCUAAAUUUCAAGCAGCAUUGAGACUCAUUCAUUUGUUGGAUGAUUCCUAAGUGACUCCUGCGAGGCAGCUGCUGAGAUUUUCACGUCUCCUUGCCAACUCCUCCUGGGUAUGCAGGGGCAAGGUGCCUCCCCGUCGAAGCUUUGUGUUUCCCACCUGUGUGAUGGGGUCCCCUGGCCCUCCUCUGUACACAAGGGCUGACGUGAGGCCGGACACGAACCUGCCUCACAAGCGCAGAAGCACUGCGCAGUCGGGAGAAGAGUCUGUGAUGGGUGUUCACUGUGCUUGAGAACAGCUUUGUGUUUUAGAUCAUUUGUGUUUGUGGACUGGAGACCCUCGUGUUACCUGGUGUGAAGGAGGCCUUCCGUAGACACAUCUAGGCCAGACUUGAGAGCUUGGGGGGUGGGAAAGGCUUGUUCUGAUCCUUGGCUUUGGGCCACCCCUAAUCCAAAGAAGUGCAGCUGGGUGGGUGGGGGUUCCAAGGUCCAGCUUUGGCUGGGGCUCCAGGCACUUGCCGUUGGACCCUGGAAGCAUCAGGCCUUCCUCGUGCCAGCGUUCUUCAUUGCCACUCAUUCAACAACCGUGUUGCCGCCUACUCUGCCAAGCCUUGUGCUACUGCUGGGAAGGUUAGGGACUUGCUUCUGGGUGAGUGAGGGGGUUGGCAGAUGAAGGCCCCUCCCAGCUACCUUCAUCUCAUCCUAGGUCACCAGGAUGGCUGGGAGGGGUGGGUGAGUUGAGUAUGGCCUGUUUCAGGUGGGGUUGGGCCCAGACCAGGCCUCCAAGAGGCUGCCUUCUGCAUAUCAGUGCGCAGGGGGCACUCAGGGCAGUAGUCCGCAGCUGCUUCGAGAUUGGCUUGGGGUUAUUGGGGUCCCAGGUGUUGCCCAGCUGCUGGGAAAGUGCCUUGAUCUGGUGACACCUGGGAGCUGGGGGGCCCUGAAGCUGUAAGGCCCUGAAUUCAUCCUCUUGCAUGUCCACCAAGGCUCAGCAUGAAGGUUCAGAAAAUAUAUCUGUUGUGAGAGAA